AUGUAUCAUAACAGCUUCAAGGCAUACGUCGUCCAGCACUACUGUAACGUGGCAUUUCCCUUUUUACUCAGAUGUAUUGCAGCUCUGUCUGUGGGCGACGGGACGAUUCUCAGACCACUGGUAAGAGCAGCCAUGGAUGGAGCCAAGCAGCAGACUGUCUGCUCAAAGGAAGCCUGGCAUGGGUGUGUGAAAAAGCCUUCCAGAGGAUCGGCAAGAGUCCCACGUCGCAGACGCUCCAAGUCUCCUGUCCUGCACCCUCCCAAGUUUACAUAUUGUAACAUGAAAGCCAACAACCAGCUGAAACACAAAACCCAGUCAGACACUUCGAAGAGUAACGUCAGUUCAGACAUUUUUGUUACAGCAGAGCACGGUACAAAGGACAGGCACGGUUCUCGCCUUGAGGCCAGUGAUGAUAGAACUGAACCUUUGGAAGCUUUCACUGCCGAAGAGCCUUUGGAGAAGUCGAGAGAGGAUUGCCCGGCUCUCUCCUCAUCCUUUGAAACUAGCUUGCGUUGUAGCCAAACCUCAGAUUUCCAGUCCUUAUCCAUGCUUAGCAACGGCAAGCAGUGCCCUUGUACGGACAAGAAAUGCCAGUGCAAACAGUGGCGAACCAUGGAAGUGUACUCCUUCUCUGGCUUGCGGAGCGUCCUGUCAGAGUGCGAGAAGGCCGUCCUGGGAGUCCAUGCCCGGUCUCGUCAGAACAGGUCCCCUUGUGGGACGGCCUCGUCAGGUUCGCCUAGGUCUUGUUCUGAGCAAGCUCGAGCCUUUGUGGAUGACGUGACUAUUGAAGAUCUUUCGGGAUACAUGGAAUACUACUUAUAUAUUCCCAAGAAAAUGUCUCACAUGGCAGAAAUGAUGUAUACUUGA